AUGAAAACCAAGCUUUUGCUGAAUGCCAAUAGCACCAAAGGACUUCUUACCAUAUUUAUAUUGGUACUGGCAUGGGCAGUUGGAUUCUGCUCUCGUCUUUUUUCAGUUAUCAGAUUUGAAAGCAUAAUUCAUGAAUUCGACCCAUGGUUUAACUACCGAGCCACAAAGCAAAUGGUUGAUAAUAAUUUUUAUGACUUUCUCAAUUGGUUUGAUACUACUGCUUGGUAUCCUCUUGGUCGGAUAGUUGGUGGGACUGUAUACCCCGGACUUAUGGUUACUUCGGGAUCAAUUUACUAUGUUCUCCGAUUGCUCAAUAUACCAGUCCACAUUCGCGAAGUUUGUGUGUUUCUGGCACCUAUUUUCAGUGGCUUAACUGCUAUCAUGGGCUACCUGUUGACCAAAGAGCUCUGGAAUGAUCGCGCUGGUCUCUUUAGUGCCUGCUUUUUAGCAAUAGUACCCGGUUACAUCAGUCGUUCAGUGGCUGGCAGCUACGAUAACGAAGGAAUAGCGAUUUUCGCUCUGCUGCUUACCUACUUCCUUUGGCUGCGCGCAGUACGCACAGGGCAUCUUUGCUGGUCAGUGUUCUGUGCGUUGGCCUAUCUAUACAUGGUCUCAGCAUGGGGUGGCUACGUCUUCAUCAUCAAUCUUGUUCCGCUACACGUGUUUGUGCUCUGCCUUACCGGUCGCUACUCUACUCGCCUCUACGUGGCCUACACUAGUUUCUACAUACUAGGUCUCAUUCUAUCCAUGCAGGUGCCAUUCGUUGGCUUUCAACCGGUCCGCACCAGUGAACAUAUGGCUGCAGCUGGGGUGUUUGUGCUCCUCCAGGCGGUGGCUUUCUUAAAUUAUCUCCAAUCCCUUGCUCCCUCGGAGAAGCUACGUCCGCUUUUCACAAUGGCUAUAAUUGCAGUGGCCGGUUUGGUUUUCCUCGUUGUCUGCGGUCUUACCAUUGCUGGCGUCAUCGCGCCUUGGAGUGGUCGGUUCUACUCGCUAUGGGACACCGGCUACGCUCGGGUGCACAUUCCCAUCAUAAGCUCGGUGUCGGAGCAUCAGCCCACCACUUGGACGUCCUUCUUCUUUGAUCUUCACGUCCUCGUCGCGGUUUUCCCUGCAGGUGUGUGGUUUUGCUUCGAGGAGCUCAAUGAUCUUCGUGUGUUUGCAAUCCUCUAUGCCAUCUUUGCCUCUUACUUUGCGGGUGUGAUGGUGAGGCUUAUUCUCACCCUUGCACCUAUUGUCUGCGUCCUGGCGGCUAUCGCUUUUUCCCGUCUCUAUGAUGUCUACCUGAGGGAUGAUGCACUUGGUGGGGAAGAGAGCACUGAACAUAACACCAACGAGAGGCAAACAGGCAAGGGUACGACGAAUCCACGAGAGAAACAGCUGUACGACAAACCUUCGAAGGCAGCUUCAGAUAAGCAUUCCCAUGGAGUGGGUGGCAGCGGAAAGAAUGCUACCGACUCUUCUGACAGUGACAGUAGUGGCGGCGACAUUUUGGGUAUCAGCGUGCGCAAAGUGGUGGUAAUGGUGGCAACUUUCGUUCUCUUCCUGUUCAUGCUCCACUGUACCUGGGUGACUUCUAACGCCUACUCCAGCCCCUCCGUCGUCCUAGCCUAUCAGGGCAAUCAGGGUGAAAGAAUCAUUCUCGAUGACUUCAGAGAGGCCUACUACUGGCUGUGGCAGAACACACCACCGGAUGCCAAGGUGAUGUCAUGGUGGGACUACGGCUAUCAGAUAGCAGGCAUGGCGAAUCGCACCACUCUAGUGGACAACAACACAUGGAAUAACAGCCAUAUUGCACUUGUAGGCAUGGCAAUGUCCUCCAAUGAGACAGUUGCCUUCCGGUUGAUGCACUCACUGGAUGUGGAUUACGUGCUCAUAAUCUUUGGCGGAGUGAGCGGCUACUCGGGCGAUGAUAUCAACAAGUUCCUCUGGAUGGUGCGUAUCGCGCAGGGCGAGCACCCGAAGGACAUUCAUGAACAGGAUUACUACACGGCUCAGGGCGAAUACCGCGUCGAUCAUCAGGUGCCAAAGGCAAUGUUUAACUCUCUAAUGUACAAGAUGAGUUACUACCGUUUUGCGGAGAUAAAAUUGGACCCUCGAAUGCCAACCGGUUUCGACCGAGCGCGUAACGCGGAGAUUGGAGUUAAGAAUAUCGACCUUGUUCACCUAGAGGAAGCAUUCACCUCGGAGCACUGGAUUGUGCGCGUUUUCAAAGUCAAGAAGCCUGCCAAUCGGUUGCGUGUGGCGGUUGGUGGAAAGCGGCGUCGUAGCUCACGCAAGACAGCCUAUGACAGACGGGGCCUUGUCGGAUCUCGCGCGCACAUCAUCAAGGGUGUUAGGCCUGCCAACCCCUCUGCUUCGGCGCUGUGA